AUGACGGACCAUUCGGCAGUAUAUAUUGGCACGGCAUUUCUUGCCGGCGUCUCUUUGGCACUCGUUUGCAGAGAAGUCCUUUACCCGCACCGUCGCUACGAAGACUCCGCAGACUCAAAGUCGGCAUUAGAUGCACAUGUCGCGCGCUCAGGUCCCCCGGCCAUUGUUGAAGGAAUCCAGGGGUGUAUUGGAAACACACCAUUGUUUCGAAUCAAGUCUCUAUCGGACGAGACAGGGUGCGAAAUUCUGGCCAAAGCUGAAUUUUUGAAUGGUGCUGGUCAGAGCUCGAAAGAUCGGGUAGCGCUUAGUAUGAUUGAAAUUGCUGAAGAGAAAGGUCUCUUGACACCGUAUUCUGGCGACACCAUCUACGAGGGUACAUCAGGAUCAACUGGAAUCUCGCUUGCAAGUCUCGCUCGGGCAAAGGGAUUCCUAGCUCACAUCUGCAUGCCCUCAGACCAAGCAAUUGAGAAGUCCAACUUGCUCCUCAAGCUGGGCGCCAUAGUCGACCGUGUGCCUCCAGCCCCAAUCGUCGAGAAAGACAACUUCGUCAACCGUGCCCGGGCACUCGCCCAUGCGCAUACAGCAUCCACGACCGUUCCAUUUACAGCCGAAGAAGACGGCCAUCUGGAGACACACGAGCGCAAAGUGUGCGGCCGCGGGUUCUUCGCAGACCAGUUCGAAAACGAGGCUAACUGGCGUGCUCACUACUCCGGUACUGGCCCGGAGCUCUAUGCUCAAUGCAACGGAAAAAUCGAUGCUUUCGUGGCUGGUGCAGGCACUGGCGGCACUAUCUCUGGCGUGGCACGAUAUCUUAAGCCGCUGCUACCCAAUAUCACCAUUGUGCUUGCAGAUCCGCAAGGAAGUGGGCUGUACAAUCGCGUGCGUUAUGGUGUUAUGUUUGAUUUGAAGGAGCGGGAGGGCACACGCCGGCGGCGACAAGUUGAUACCAUUGUCGAGGGUAUUGGGAUUAAUCGGGUCACGGCGAACUUCGAAGUUGGCAAGGAGUUAGUUGACGAUGCGGUACGUGUGACAGAUGCCCAAGCCCUGGCCAUGGCUCGAUGGCUCGUUGAGAAGGAUGGGAUUUUUAUUGGGAGCAGCAGUGCGGUCAAUUGCUUUGCUGCUGUCAAGACGGCGCAGAAGCUUGGUCCUGGCCAUAGAAUUGUGACCGUGCUGUCCGACUCUGGAUCGCGGCACUUGUCUCGGUUCUGGGCUAAAGCUGGAGACGUUGGUGGAGCAGUUGAUACCAAGCUGGAGGAUGUACUCAAUGCCCGAGAUGAGGACUUUAAAUAG